AUGGCGCAAUGCAACUUAUAAAUUUUAAAAUGGUUUAACAAUAUAUCAAUAUAUAAAAUGUGAAGACUGCAAUGUACCACAAUAAUUCAACUACAUCUCGAACUAUAUACUCAAUUAUAUAUUUCAAGCAUUCCUAUAUCGUAAUAAACUAGUUUACCUCUCUACUGACGUUCAGAACUGCGUAAUAAUUUAUUUCUGCAAACUCGUCUACUUCUUCACUUGCCGCCAUUUUUAAAUUUUCACUAUCUCCUAUAAUUGAAAAUUACACCAAGUACUAGUUUAUUUAACACUGUGCUAGUAGUUACAACUGGAGUGUUUAUCAACAAAACAUGGAGGAAAGAACGAAAAGAAAGCGAGAUGAUUCAAGAGAGGUAAAAUCAUUUAUAGAGGUAGACGACACCUUAUAUUAUAGAAGAAGACGUCGACACUAAGUAGAACUGCUUUAGAAAUCUCUUUAGUCCUAUUUUUAAAAUUUACCAGUCCUGAGAGACAGGGUGAAUGAAAUGUGAUUUACUAUUUACUAUAUUUAUAGAAGAUUUAGAAGAACAAGGUAGUUCGUGCUGUAACACAGGACUGUUUUAGGGUCGUACAGGUUAUUGAUUCACGUCUUUCUAUUUAUUGAGGGUCAGUAGUUAGGGUUAAAGUUACAAAGAAUUUAGAUUUAAAACAGCAAGACAAGAGUCUUAAAAUCAUUCAUAUACAGCAAUUGAUCCUUAAAAUCAGGAAUUAUUCUGGACGCAUUUUGGAUGAAAGCAUUUUCUUACACAAACUUGCAAGCCUGGCUUUCUUCUUCCCCUUCCCUCCCAAAUUAUGAAACUCAAGUCUGGCUUGCAAGGAUGUUAACGACACAAUGAUUUAUCCAGCAAUUUCUUAACUAACUUGAUCCUAACCAUAAUCCAUUGCAGAAAGUGUGCUUCAGCUGCCGCAACAGUCAGGUCCAUGUGACGUAUCCUCCUGCAAUAUUAUACUACUCACCACUUAAUGUUGACAUUUUGCACUUUAGCCAUUUUCUGCUGCAAAAUCACCUGCUGUGACAGCAAUUUUAUAGUUCAUCUUUUUGCUAAUGAAUCUUCCUUAUCAUCUUCAUAGUUACAUAAGGUUGUAUGCUCCAGGAUGAGCCUUGUGCUCCUGGAGUAAAUGUCAAAUACAUAUAAAUAAAACAAGAAAAAAGUUAAGGGAGGCAAUUGUAGCAUUUUGUAACAUUAGAUACUGCAAAUAUAGUGAACAAAAGUCAGUUCAACUUUUCUUCCAGCUAGCUCUUACAUUCCAUAACUUUUACACUCUACAAUUAAACUCUGGCACAAAGCCCAAGCUACUAACAAUAUUGUUUUGUAAUUAACAGGAACUCUUAGUCAGGUUAACAGAACUUGAAAAUCAAAACAGAGAACUAAAAGAGCGUCUGUCCACAUUUGAAACUCCAUCAUCACAAUCUGUAAAUAAGAAAGCAAAGAAAAGCAAUGAACCAAAGUUAAAGAAGAGAAAGGCAUUUGAUUUUUCUAGGUACAGUCUUACAGAGUAUGGACAAAGUAUGCAGUUGGUGAUAUUUGGUCAUUCCAGGAAACAUUAGAAGUAGAUUUUCCUGCCCCCUUCCCCUCUGUGGACUGCACGAGUUUCUUCUGUAGAGCUCGAGGUAGCGACAAUCCUUUUUAUGGAACAACCCACAGCACUUGAGAAAAAAACUGGGGCCCUUAUUUUUAUUCUCUUGAAGCAGGGACCUUUGCUUAAAACAAUAAAGUGUUUUAAUUAUUCUCUUUGCUGGCGCGUACGUUCAAACGCUCCCGAUAUGAUCACUCCCAGUUUCCAUACGUUCCUCCCAACUUGAAUCUCUCUAUUUUUCAAACAGAUCUGCUUAUCAUUAAGAAAAUCAGUUUAAAAUUAAAACAUUCUUAUCAAAAUUGGAUGUAUACGUCGUAAACUUCCCUGAAAUUGCCAUUUUAAAGUCGGAAUGUUUGUUACAGUACAUCCCCACACCAACAUUUAAAGAUUCUACACUACAGUGAAUAAUUAUAACAACACUUGUUCAGGUAUAAUGUACGGCAUAUUGCACUAAAGAUCGCUUAUCUGGGCUGGGAUUACCAUGGAUUUGCAAGUCAAGAAAACAUUGAAAAUACCAUUGAGGUAUGUAUAUUUUAUAUCAUUGACAUUUGACCUUGUGGUUUGUUUUCUCUUAUACUUCGUCCUCCGUUUCCUCCCUCGCUAAGAUCCAAAGCCCAGUUUUAAUAGGCAUUUAUACUAAAACUAACUUAAUUUUCUAAAGGCUCAUUUCUUCAAUGCAUUACAAAAAGCUUGUCUUAUUAAAGACAGGACGACAUGUAAUUACUCCAGAUGUGGCAGAACUGACAAGGGGGUCAGUGCUUUGGCUCAGGUAAAUCGUGUUUUGAACGUUUGUAUACUUGAUGUAUAUUUACCUUAAAAUUUGUUGCAGACCUGACCAUAUAAACAGUACUAGCUAGGUUUUAAAGUCAGUUUAUAUCAACACACUAAAAUGCAGAUAAUUAUGUAUUUUAUAUUUUAGGUCAUUUCACUUGAAGUUAGGAGCAAUCUUGACGAGGGUUGUGGAGUAAUUCAAAAUAAAGAACUGAGCACUCAUGAUAAUACAGUGAACAAAAAUGAGGAAGAACUAAAUUAUGUUCACGUUAUAAAUAAACUUUUGCCAGAUGAAAUACGAGUGUUGGCCUGGGCACCAGUUGCGCUAGAUUUUAAGGCUAGGUAUAGCAUUUCACCCAAUCCAUUUUCAAGCUAAUAAUUUCAGCAAAUGCAGGGUAAGACCAAAGUUUCCCUUUGGCAAAAUGUAUUUGUAUACUUGCAAUACGUAGAAAUAUGUUUUAUAUUUGUUUUAUAGGUUUAGCUGUCUUUAUCGAAUGUACAAAUACUAUUUUCCAGCUGCUAACUUUGAUAUAGAGGUACAAAUUUUGUUGUUGGUGGUGGUGGUUACAAGGGCCUGUUCAUAUGAUCCCGCUUACCGGGACGUCUCGCUUACCGAGACGAAUAUUUCCGUGCGUUCAUAUGGAGUAUUUCGUCCCGCUUGCCGGGAUGAAAUUACAAUGUAGUUCUAUAAUUAGCGUAUGCAAAACUUCUACAUUUCAGUCAAGCAACACAAAUACUUAGCGAUUUUAGUGUUUUUCUUCGUUUAUUUACAAGAAAAAGUAUUGCUUCAGGUACUUAUUUAAUACUUGUUUACAAAACAAACAUAAAACCAAGUAAAAAGUGUUAAAUUAAACCGGCAAGACUUGUUUGACUUCAUCCCGGUAAGCGGGCUGGCGUGUUCAUAUGGAAAAAUUUUCAUCCCGCCUACCUAUGAUCUCGGCAAAUUCAAACGAGAUCUCGGCAAGCGGGCCAGCUUGCUUUCUCAUAUGAACACAAUGCAAAAUUUUAUAGGAAAAUAGAUAGGCGGCGAGAUCAUCGGUAAGCGGGACGUCCCGGUAAGCGGGAUCAUAUGAACAGGCCCUUAGAAAGGAAGGGAAGUAACAGGAAAAAAACGAAGGAAGAAAGUAAAACAAAAGAAAUAAUGGAGGAAGAAAGGGAAGGAGGGAUGAGAAGGAAGAAAAGAUGAAAGGAAUGGGAAAAAAGGAAGGAAUGGAUGAAUGAAUAACGAAAGAAAGAGAAAAUAAGAAAGAACGAAAUGAGAAAAUAGGGACAAUGUUAAAGCUUAACAAUUGAACCGUUUUUAACUAUUUGAAUUAUAGGUUCUAUUAAAACCAGAUUCACAAACAAAACCGUGAAGUUGUAGUGGCAUUUUUAAAAUUUAUUAAAUUUUCAGAGAAUGAAUGAAGCAGGAAAGAAGUUUAUUGGUGAACAUGAUUUUCGAAAUUUUUGCAAGGUACCGCAGAAUGUUCUUUCAAUUUACCAAGAAUUGGUAAUGUCAGUGAUACUUUCUUUAUUUGCAGAUGGAUGUUGGGAAUAAUGUCACGUCUUUUUGUAGAAAUAUUUUAUCUGUAGAUGUUCAAAGACUGAAUAAUUCUAGGUGAGUUGGAAACGUAUUAAUCCCAUUUGGCCACCUGUAGUGAUAGCUCAGUUUUUGAGAAACUACAUUUUCUUUAAUUUCUUACUUUCUACUUAUAUCUUCUGAUAAUACAUUGUAGUGAGAAUGAAUACGAGAUGUGUGUGAUGACAGUGAGGGGUAUGGCGUUUCUUUGGCAUCAAGUCAGAUGUAUGGUUGCAAUCUUAUUUCUUAUUGGUGAAAACUUAGAAGAACCAGAGGUGAGAUAUCACCUAAACAUCCUCAAUGCUGGUCAAGUAUACCCAAACACCCUCAAUGCUGGUCAGGUAUACCUAAACACACUCAGUACUAAACACACUCACGCCCGUAUUCUAAAAGCUCAUUCACACUCAAUGAGUGGAAGUUCAGUCUGAGCUUCUCUCGAGUGUGAUUGUUGCUUUUGAAUAGCUGGAAGACUAGUGUCAUACCUUACUAUGUGGCUACUCACCCUCUCUAGCUAUGAUAGCAUUGACACUCAAGAGAAGCUGAGAUUGAACCUCCACUCAUUGAGUGUGAGUGAGCUUUUAGAAUACGGGCGUCAGUCUUGGACCUCUUCGUCAAGUACAUCUCUCAAAGUUGCAUUUUCUUGUGUGUAGAUCAUUGAUCAUAUGUUGAACAUAACAAAAUGUCCCCGACGACCACAGUACAAUAUGGCAUCUGGUAUGUGCGCACAAAUCCAUCAAAUGGCUGAAAAUGGGAUAAGAAAAUUACAAAUGUUUUUACCGAUAGUGUAAAAAUAGAUUUCGUAGAAGUUUCCAGUGUGACUAUUUGCAUUUCUAGAAAUUCCUCUGGUCUUAUUUCAUUGUGAAUACAAGGACAUAAACUGGCAGUAUGAUCAUCCAGGUAACUCUUUGAUAUGAGUUGAGAAAAGAUGGCAAGAUGUGCUAAGGUCACUUUUUCUUCUUGCAGAUGAAUUACAGAGGAUUUCCAACUCAUAUCAAAGACUUUGGACAACAAGCAGUAUCAAGUAAUUAUUAGACGUUUUACUAACUCAUAAUUAGUAUUGUUGUUGUUGUUCUUGCUGUUGUCGUCGACUAUUUGCUGGUUGGAAUAAGUCAGGAAAUAAAUAGCCAAUGUACUUGAGCUUUGGGUCACUAGUUAAUGGGUAGAACGUCAGACUAGCAUUUCGUAGGUGCUCUUUAAUUCACCUGCAGUAACAUACACAGUUUGUACCUGCAAACCAGUUCUUGUUUCUACGAAGGCAGUGCUUGGUGCUAUUGCUGUACUUGCUUCUGGUUAUCAGACCUAACUUGAUUGUCUCAGCAAAUCAGCGAUUUUUAGCAGUUUACCAAAGACAUGGUCUACCUUUAGGCUAGCGGAGGGAAGGAGUCGCCUUACUUCUCCAUUGUGAGCCGGGCUCACCCACUGCCCCAAGCAAUGUCUAAUAUUUGUAAAUGAUAUCUCUAGUGUGUACGUUUUUCAGGACAACGAUGAUACGAGAGUUACUUAAUGGAUUACAUACAGUAACAGAUGAAUCUGGGGGUAAGUGGUGUGAAAAAUUGAGACCAAAAAUCUUUCUUUUCUUAACCGUUCACAACCUGUUGAUUCUUUUACGUGAGAUCAUUUCUGUUGAUAAAAACUUUAAAACAUCAAAAUGAGUUGUAUUUUAUUUUUUGUACAAACUUUAGAGUGUGAGCCUGUUUCUUCGUGUGAAGACAAAACAUUUGCAGGAAUGUGUCUAAUCCCUGGUCAUCAUAUCAAGUCUUAUAAGAAGAUCUUAACCAGAGCAUUAUGUGGUAACUCAAUCAUAAAUAAUUAAUAAUUCUAAUAAUACUAAUAAGUAAUAAUUCUACUAAUUAAUAAUCCUAAUAAUACUAAUAAUUCUAACAAGUAAUAAUUGUGAUAAUUAAUAAGUAAUAAUUGUAAUAAUUAAUGAUUGAUUCACGAGCAAUAUUAACAAAGGCAAUCUUGAUAGCGUCCUAAUAAACGUCCAUAAAUAGGCUGACGUUUUAAAUACUAAUUGGAAUAGCUGUAUCACACACUCAAAGACGUUUCAAAGCCAAAUGAAACGGCUCUUUCUCCCAGACAAUGGGCGCUCGUUAGAUGUACACCUAACCUGCAUUGUCUGCACGAAUACCUUCCCUUGUACAGAAGAACCAGUGGUUCCAAUCUCUCAAUUCUUUUUCUGUAGACAGCCUGGAAACAAAGCUGGAAAAUCAUUCUGCUAAACAACAAAGACUAAAGAACAAAAACUCCACGGAUUAAAAUAAAUAUUCUGAAU